AUGGGCUCGCUGAUGUCCUGCCUCUCCGACCCCUGCCCAUCGGGGAACAGGUCCCCGCCGCUGCAGGCGAAGCGGCGCUCCUCCACCUCUUCCCGCGGCCGUGGCGGCGGCGGCGGGAGGGACUCCGCCAAGGCCUCCGUGUCCAUAGACGAGGAGGCGCUGGCCGCGGCGGCGGCGCUCGUGCUGGGGCAGAGGGGCGCCGCCGGUGGCCUGGGGGCGUUCGAGCGGUCCGCGUCGGUGCGGUACGCGGCCAAGCGCCAGAGCCAGGGCCCGCCGCUGCCCCGGAGCUGCAGCACGCGCCCCAGGUCGCUCGCUGACCCCGAGCUCCAGCCGCAGCAGCUCCUCUCCAAGGAUUUGAAUACUAAGGAUUUGGAAACCAACGUCAUUGUUCUUGUUCAUGGAGGUGGAUUUGGUGCUUGGUGUUGGUACAAGACUAUAUCACUUCUUGAAGAUAGUGGGUUCAAAGUUAACGCCAUCGACUUAACAGGCUCUGGGAUUCAUUCUUACGACACAAACAAGAUUAGCAGUCUUUCAGAGUACGCUGAACCACUUACGUCUUACCUUAAAGGCUUAGGUGGUGCUGAAAAGGUAAUUUUGGUCGCUCAUGAUCUUGGUGGUGUCUGUGUAUCCUAUGCAAUGGAGAUGUUCCCACCCAAAGUUGCCAAGGCCGUUUUCCUUUGUGCAGCAAUGCUGACAAAUGGAAACAGUGCCCUUGACAUGUUCCAACAGCAGAUGGGCACAAACGGUACUCUCCAAAAGGCGCAGGAAUUCGUCUACUCCAACGGCAAGGACCGUCCUCCAACCGCCAUCAACAUCGACAGGGCCUUGCUUAGAGACCUGUUGUUCAACCAGAGCCCCUCAAAGGACGUGUCGCUGGCCUCGGUGUCCAUGAGGCCCAUCCCCUUCGCUCCUGUGCUGGAGAAGCUUGUGCUCACUGCCGAGAACUACGGCUCGGUGCGGCGGUUCUAUGUGGAGACCACGGAGGACAACGCAAUUCCUCUGCCUCUCCAGCAGAGCAUGUGUGGUGCCAACCCACCGGAGAAGGUGCUGCGGCUGAAAGGGGCGGACCACGCACCCUUCUUCUCCAAGCCGCAGGCGCUGCACAAGACCCUGGUCGAGAUCGCCACCAUGCCGCCACCGGUCCAGGCUUCGUGA